GCACACAGUGAGGCUGAAGAUGGGCUCUCUUCGCUGGCCUCGGAGCUCUGGGCAGCCCUGCAGUGCUGCUGGGUCUCUGUGGGGCUGGACAGUGGCAAGGCUGCAUCUAGACUGGACAUCAAGCAGGUUCUUUCAGCAGGACGAGGAGAUGCUGAUUCUGACCCACAGUGAUGAGUUGAACAGAACCUAUGGCGAGGACAGCAGAUUGCCUUUUGACAACAUCGCAGACCGAAAUAACACAAGCUCAGACGACACCAGAAGAAAUAGAACCUUGUUUCAGACUCAGCAAGAUAAUCCCAGUGUCCCAGAAUCCACCAGCACCUUGCUGCAGGAGAGCCCGGCGCUUAAAGAAACCAGAGCGACUGUGAUCUCCACUGGACCCAGAACCAUGACCAUAACUUCAGCAGUUGCCACUCCUUGUUGCCACUCCUUGUGGUUCAAAAACACCAACGGUCAUGGCAAAGGAAGAAGAUCCUUGAAGACGGACGCUGACAAGAUGGGAAGCAACAGUGAGCAGAACCAGAGUUUCAACCACAGCCAAGGGAACAAGACGGGAUCCAGCAGGACGCUUAGCGGGAAUACGCAGAAACAGAGACUUUCUGAGGAUGGAGAGGAGGAAACCGUGGAGGGGACUUCUCACUUCUGCACCAGCCUUGAUGAAGAGAGGAGGAUGAGGAGGAUGAGUUUGGUUAAACCAGAUCAGAGCCCCAAUGCCGGCUGCAGAAGUGUGAAUCCCACUCUAAGCAUCACCGCAUGGGAGGCUGGCUGGAACGUCACAAAUGCUAUACAGGGGAUCUUUGUGUUGGGUUUACCCUUCGCCCUGGUCCAGUCAGGUUAUGUGGGUCUUGUUCUGCUGGUUCUGUCCGCCUGGUUCUGCAACCACACCGGGAGGAUUCUGGUGGCCUGUCUGUAUGAAGAGGAACAAAGCGGCGGCUCGGUGUCGAUGGUCAGAGUCCGACACAAAUACCAGGACAUCGUGGAAGCCGGCUGCAAAGGACUGUGGCCCAGCUUGCCUGCACUGGGGGGGUGGAUGAUUAAUGUAGCUCAGGUCAUCGAGCUGUUGAUGACCUGCACCCUGUAUCUGGUCGUCUCCACCAGUCUGUUGUCUGACAGUGUCUCAGGGAUGGCUGUUCCUAGAUCAGUGUGUUCUCUGGUGUCUCUGGUGUUCCUGCUGCCUUGUCUGCUGCUGACUGAUCUCAGACCAGUCUCCACCCUCAGCCUGCUGUGCUCCCUGGCACACAUCCUGAUCGGCCUGUUGGUCAUGCUGUACUGCCUGAGUCGAGCCAGCAGCUGGUCUUGGUCCAGUUUGUCUCUGUCAGUGGACCCGGAGGACUUCCUCGUCUCUGUGGGCGUCAUCAUCUUCUCCUACACCUCUCAGAUCUUCCUCCCUCCUCUAGAGGGCAGUAUGGAGGACCGAGGGCAGUUUAACGCCAUGCUGGGGUGGACUCAUGGCGCCGCCUGCGUCAUGAAAACUCUGUUUUCUUUACUGGCCGUGCUGACCUGGGGGGCAGAGACGAGUGAGGUCAUCACAGACAACCUGCCCUCUGACCUCCGACCUCUCGUCAACCUGAGUCUGCUGGCUAAAGCCCUGCUGUCCUACCCUCUGCCAUUCUACUCUGCAGCUGAAAUACUACAAACAUGUCUGCUCGGAGGUGUCUCAUCCCCCUCCCAACACGGAGGUGUGUCUCGUACGGCCCUGUUGGUCCGCGCCGCCUUACUGAUGACAUCAUACCUACUGGCCCUGCUCGUCCCCAGGUUCUCCCUGUUGAUGGGUCUGACAGCUGCUGGUAGACGUGUGCAUCCUGAGUCUAGGAGCCAUUUGUAGUAUGUCCGGUGUGAUCUGUUCAGUGAAAGGACUGGUGGGAGGAAUGUAGGAUGAUGGAUGAAUGUACAGAUGGACGGACAGGCAGAUGGAUGGGUGGGCAAAUUGAUUGCGUUAGAAAACUGUAUCAGCGCACCAUAACUCCAGUCAUUAAAGCAGCAUUUCAUAUUAACUCUGGUUCAAAUGACUAAGUGUAAUGACAAAGGGGUCAAAAGUGCCACGUCUACGGAGAAUUAUUAUCCACUCUGCAGUUUCCCUCGCAGACAUUUCAAGUGUCUUUCAGCUCAUGUUUUUGGUUACUGGUCCACAACUUUACUAUUUGGGUUCACUGGCGUUGCUCUCCUCAGUGUCACGUUCAGCAGGGAGGCAGCUGGGCUCAGCUAAACAUCCACACGACCAAGUAAGCAAAGCAACGCCUGUAAAAGAGUUAUCACAUUGCUGUUGCCUCCAAGAGGUUAAACGAAUCCAUUAUUGCAGCUUAAAACAUCCUCAUUAAACUGUCUGGAGGUCAAAUUCUUAAAUAUAGCUUUUCUUAACAUUUUGGAUGUAGAAAUAAGUCGUAGUAUGUAUGAUGUUUGCACUCAAUUAUGUUUUGUUUUGACUGUACAGUAGGUGAGACCAUCCUGCCAUUCAAUGAUUUCAAAGAUUUAACCUUUUUUUUUUUAAACAAUCAUUUAAUGGUCAAACAUUAUAUUUUAAAUAAUAAACGCUAUGCUUGGUCAGUGGGAAACGAGCCCUUAGGUUAUAUUAUUACAUGCAGUAAGUGAGAAAGUUGAACAAUAAAGUAAUACACUCGUCAAAGUAUAUGAAAUGUGACACCAUGUCAACAAGUGAAAUGAUUAAAUACCUGUAUGUCUACUGCAUGCUUCUUUAAGCUUCUUACAGAUCCACCUGUCACCACCGGGGAUGUUUGUGGCAUUCAAUUAACACAGAAACAAAUCUUGUUUCCUACACUUUGUUUGUGAGAAGAAGUAAACAUAGAUAUAGUUCAUGUUUUUGAUUACAGAAGAUGGAUUGUGACAGAGUUGGUCAGUGUCAAGGAAGUCCACGGCUUUUGUUCAAGUAGGGCGUGGAGUUACAGGAUGAACUGCAAAGCAAUUAACUCGUUUUUUAGCUCUUAAUGUCGAGAUGAACCUUUUUGUCGUGCAUCAUUAUUGUGUAAUUGCAGUGUUAUGUGAUAUUAAUGUGUGAACCUUAUC